CCUACACCUCUAUAUGUAAUGGAUGAAAUUGAUGCAGCUUUAGAUUUCCGUAAUGUUUCAAUUGUAGCAAAUUAUAUUGCUGAACGUACAAAAGAUGCUCAAUUUGUCAUUAUUAGUUUAAGAAACAAUAUGUUUGAAUUGGCGGAUAGACUAGUUGGUAUCUAUAAGACAAAUAAUUGUACAAAGAGUAUUGCUAUCAACCCAAAUGUGAUU